AAACCGGCUGUCUGACAAAGAUAUUAGAUAGUAGAUGGGACUCUUCCAAGAAUCGCUGCAAAGGAAGGAAAGGAAGACACCUCCCCUCGUAUAAAACCGUUUGCUGACAGCGCCAAGCGAUUCUUUUUUCUCUGUCUUUUCCCUAAUUCUAACCACCGCCCUCCUCCCCUUGCCCCACCCAAAACCACCGUCCACCACCCCCUUCACAGGCACAAGUAACGACAGCUAUAUUGAUUGAAUUAUUUAUGCCUUUGAUUAUCAACAGGUUUUUGUUUUCCUUCGUCUCCGUUUCUUCAAAGAUUUCAGGGCCGUGAAGUUCAGUCAACAUCAUUUUAUGGCUCCUAGUGCUUUGUUUGGUACAGGGCUGCAUUCUUCCUGUUGAGGCCCUUUUUCCUCCUGUGCCACAGCCUGGUUAGUGGAUCAGUAUGCUUGCUGGGAUGUCAACAGGAGAAAAUGUACAUGACUGUGUUGAGGAAUCCUCUGCAGCGAACUCAACUUUUAGUCUUGAAGAAUUAUCCACCCUUCAGCAAUCGUGUAGAACCUUUUCUAUGCGAGAUGAUGAUUCAUCUAAGAGAGUGGAUGCAGAAGAUCUUUCAGGGGCCGAUGAAGUAGUUGCUGCUUUUCAGUCUUUCUGCAUUGAUAAUUCAUCUUUGAUGAGAGAUCAGGAAGAAAAAGAUACUGUAAAAGUGGAUUAUAGUGCAGAAUCAUCUGUAUUGAGGAAUGAUGAAAGAGAGGAUGCUUUGAAUGCUAAUUUUCCUUUAGAUUCAUAUCCAAUAGGGGGUGAAAGAAAAGCUAUAACUAGAGUUGAUGACAAUUCUAAUACAUGUCCAGAUAUCACAUGCUCUUCUCCUUGUUGGAGGAGCAGCCGGAGGAACAGACUAGACCAGGAAAACAAGAAAAAAGGACCAGAAAGAGACUGCAGGAAAACCUCCAGCAAGAGUGCAUUUUUAGAUGUGAGCUCUCUGCAGCUUACUAGGAGGAGACGAAGUUCUUUGAGCAAACAGGCUCGUGCUACUGUAUGGGGUUUUCUAGGAAACAUAUCAGUACUAGAGCAGCAUGGUGCAGUUGAUAUAAGUCCACAGAAGGCUAAAAAGUCAAGAAGACUUAAAGGAGUUGGAGCCAAUGGGAAGCGAGAAAAGAACAAGAAAGCUCGAGACUCUACAAAGCUUAAGGGAGAAAGAUUCAACCCAACUGGUCCCAUCACUUUGAAGGUUAAAUUUGGCAGUAGAGAAGCAGCUUCCUUGGUGAACGUUAGCACUGUAAUGGAUGAUAAUAAAGAGCAGGAUUCCAGACAAGAAUCUUUUCCUGAAGUAUCCAUAGAUGUUCAAGAUUUAACGAAGAAAGAGGCUGAUGGUAGUAUGAGUUGUCAGUCUUGCGAUGGAACCUUGGAUAAAGCAUCAGACAUCCACCUUGCGAUUGAGAAUAUAACUGAAAAUGCAGGUGGAAACGCUUAUGGUGAUCUUUGUGAAUCUCCCUUUCAGGCUGAGGUUGGUAAAGUGGUAGCAACAAUUGAUAACCGCAUCUCAGAUUCAGGAACUUCACCUGAUUCAGAAGUCAUCAAUUUAACUCCAGAUGCGCAAAUUAGUGAAAAGGAUCCAGAUGCCCUUCAUCACACUCUCAGCUCAAUCAAUGCAUAUCUUGCCUCUGAAAAUAUGUCUAAUUCGAGUUUGCUUUGCAAGGAUGCUGAUGAAGGAAAGAGGGAAAAUGAGCACCCUCAGACCAGCAAUUUCAGUGUAAAUGUCGAAGCUCCUGGUCCAGAAAACCUUGUUGAUGAUCAAGAAUUCUCUAAGCUUGGACAGAAGGAGAAAGUGGGUGAUGUCUUUUAUCAUAGUGAUGCUUCUACAUCAACGACAACUGAAAAUGUAUAUCUUAACACAUUCGAAGUGGAGGGGUUACCCAAAGAACCUCCUCCUUGUUCCAAGGUGACUGACUACGCAAUCUCUAGUGAGACGAAUAAAGUUGAAAGUGCAAUAGAAGCCAAUCUUUCUCCAAGACUUGGUACUGAGAUUGGGCCAGUAGAGUCAAGUAAGUCUAAGAAACUGCUUCCUUGCACCAAUGGGAAAAAAGUUGCCAGAAGUUCAAGAGCAAGGAAAGAAACCAGGACAAAGAGAGAGAAAACAUCUAAAACGAAGGGCAGUCAAGAGAAAUCAUCUGCAAAGCAAAAAGGCAAGGACAAAGGAUUGAAGGGUGACUCUGCUCAGACUCUUAAUGAAGUGGAAAAUCACUGUGAAACAGAAGCUGGAGAAACUGGCAUUGGAAAUAAAAGCUUGACAGAAGAUACACCCCCUAAAGAUAUGGCUCCUGUCAUGGUUGCACAGGAAUGUAUACCAAUCACUCAGGCUUGGGUAUGUUGUGAUAGUUGUAACAAGUGGAGGCGCAUUCCAGCUGCACUUGCUGAUAUGAUCAGAGAAAAUGACCGCAAAUGGUAUUGCAAGGAUAAUAUGGAUAAAGAUUUUGCUGACUGCUCAAUUCCACAAGAGAAGUCCAAUGCAGAUAUCAAUGCUGAGUUGCAAAUAUCUGAUGCCUCUUGUGAGGAAGAUGCAGAUUCUGAUGCACGGUUGGAUUCCGUUAAAUCAACACAGAAGCAGCAGAAAGUAACUCAGCAGCCUUCAUGGACACACAUAAAGUCAAAUUCGUUCCUUCAUCGCCGGCGCAAAACUCAGGCAAUUGAUGAGAUAAUGGUAUGCCAUUGCAAACCACCUUCUGAAGGCCGAGUGGGUUGUGGAGAUGGAUGCUUGAACCGGAUGCUUAACAUUGAGUGCAUUCAACGGACCUGCCCUGGUGGCGAAUUCUGUUCAAAUCAACAGUUCCAGAAACGCAAGUAUGCAAAGUUGAAGGCCAUUAAAUGUGGAAAGAAGGGUUAUGGUUUACAAUUGCUUGAAGAUGUUUCUGAAGGGCAGUUUCUUACAGAAUAUGUUGGAGAGGUCCUUGAUAUGCAUGCCUAUGAGGCGCGGCAAAGGGAGUAUGCUGUUAAGGGUCAUAGGCAUUUUUACUUCAUGACACUGAAUGGCAGUGAGGUAAUUGAUGCAUGUGCAAAAGGAAAUUUGGGUCGUUUCAUAAAUCACAGCUGUGAGCCUAAUUGCCGUACCGAAAAAUGGAUGGUAAAUGGAGAAGUUUGCAUUGGGAUCUUUGCUUUAAGGGAUAUAAAGAAGGGUGAAGAAGUUACAUUUGAUUACAACUAUGUACGGGUUUUUGGUGCUGCAGCAAAAAAAUGUGUGUGUGGUUCAUCUCAGUGUCGGGGGUAUAUUGGUGGUGAUCCACUGAAUGCUGAAAUAGUUGUCCAGGAUGACUCAGAUGAUGAAUAUCCAGAACCUAUUAUGUCACUUGGAGAUGGAAUAGCUCUGACGAGCUCUCACACUGAGGAAGAAAAGCAAAUUAGAGAGAUGUCAAAUCAAGCUAAAAUUGACAUUGAUUGCUCAUCCACUGCUGCUGGAUGCUUAGAGAACACAAAGGAAAAUGGAGACACUAAGUUAUCUGCAUCCACUGCUUUGAGUAUUGCAAUAUCACUGGAAAAGGAGAGUUCAGUUGGACAGCAUUCCCCUGUUCAACUAGUGGGUACUUCCUCAGAGUCUGGUGGUAUAACAAGUGGAAAUAUCUCUGCAGCUCCUGAAGAGUGCUUUGCAAGAGAAACUAGUGUGGGCAAUCCCCUGUGCUCCAAUCAAGGUUCUGAUGCUAAUUCUCUGUCCUUGGCAUCUGGUAAAAUUGAUCCUGUAAAGAAAGUAAAAAAUGAUGUUGGGGAAGUCGGAGUUGUUCUGUCAAAGUCCCGAGCUCGAAUAAAAACUUCAAAAAAUUUGUCCUCAGUUAAGAAGAGAAAACCUAAGGCUGAGGCUUUGGAUGGUAAAAAACCUAUGGAAUUUGACACUAAAGUGCAUUUACCACCCUUUAGGUCAAAGCAGCUCCUGGAAGAUCUAUCUAAUGGUCGUUUUGAAGCAGUGCAAGAGAAGCUGAAUGAGUUGCUGGACAAUGAUGGUGGGAUAAGUAAACGAAAAGAUGCAUCAAGAGGAUACUUGAAGCUGCUACUUUUAACUGCUGCUUCAGGGGAUAGUGGCAAUGGGGAAGCAAUCCAAAGUAAUAGAGAUCUUUCCAUGAUUCUUGAUGCUCUCCUGAAAACAAAAUCGAGGACAGCGUUGGUUGAUAUCAUUAACAAAAAUGGUUUGCAGAUGCUACACAACAUUAUGAAGCGGUGCAGAAAGCAAUUCAUCAAGAUUCCGAUCCUGCGCAAGCUUCUCAAGGUACUGGAAUAUCUGGCUACAAGGGAGAUUCUUACCUUUGAACAUAUAAAUGGAGGCCCGCGUUAUCCAGGAGUGGAGAGCUUUAGAGACUCAAUAUUGUCAUUGACAGAGCACACUGACAAACAGGUCCAUCAAAUUGCACGAAGUUUUCGAGAUAGGUGGAUUCCUCGGUCAUCUAGGAAAUUUGGCUGCGUACACAGGGAUGAUUGCCGGAUAGAAUUACACCGCAGUUCCACCCGGGAUACUAUUUCAGCAUCGCAUGCCAAUUCAAAUGAUUGUGCUGGAGUACCUUCAGAGACAUUUGAUGGUGCUGCAAAACCGGUGCUAGCAUCAAGUUCUGUUGAUGCUCAAGUGCCAGAUGUCUCCAGUGGAUCACGCAGUACAAGGAAACGUAAAAGCCGAUGGGACCAGCCAUUCAAAGGAAGCCCAGAUUUGGGAGCUGACAUUAGCAUGGCAGGCGAUGGAGCAAACAACAUGGAAGAGGAUGUUCCUCCGGGAUUUUCUUUCCCUCUGAAUCGCCCUAUGCUUCCAUCUGAUGCUUAUCUAAAUGACAUUGAUCACAAGGAAGGAAGACCUAGUUAUGCAAAGCGUCCAUAUGGAGUAGCAAUGGGCCAUUCACAACCAAGAUUCAUUUCACGUUUAUCUGUUGCUUAUGGAAUUCCUAUUUCCAUUGUGCAUCAAUUUGGAACUAGUGAAGCUGAAACAUCUGAGAAUUGGAUAGUUGCUCCAGGCAUGCCUUUCCAACCUUUUCCUCCAUUGCCUCCAUAUCCCCGUGACAAGAACAAACAUUCAAUGAGUCAGGCUAGCCAGAAAGCUGGUCAGGAUUCUCAUAAUCGUGCAACUCACUCAAGUCAAAACCCUCCAAGCACAUCCGGAGCAACUGGAACAGGCAUGCAAACUGUAACUCAAACAGAUUUUCGACGAGUUAGGGGUCCUCAUAAUUUGUCAAGGACAUACUUUAGGCAAGAAAAAUGGAAUAGUUCAACAGCAGGAGGUUCUCAAAUUCAGAAGAGAAAUGUUUGGGGAUCUAUGGGUAACAAUUCAAGAAAUGGAACAUAUCAAGCAAGUCCAAGGAGUAUCCACAAUGAUGAGUUUAACAGUUCACAUUGUUCGGAGGAUAUUAGCACCGGCAUGCAGAGUGGGGUUAAAUUCCAUCAGCAUCCAUGGUAACAAACAAAGGACUAGUUAUAUAGCGGAACUUGUGGAGUUACUCAAGUUUCCUUUCAUGCUUCGCCCAUUGUACUCACAAUUCUUUGUCACUCAUGUUUUACUUAAAGUGGAAAGAAUUCUUCAGAUAUUCAAUUUUAACAUUAGACGUUAGGCUACAGUCUUCUGAUUCAAUUAUACUCUAGCUUGAGUUAUCAAAUUUUAUUGCCUCAAAAAGAGGUAAACAUUUUUCAGUCUGUUCUAACUUGAAUACAUACAUUUAUUGAAUAAGAUUUGCUUAACUGGCUAGGUACCUUGCCAGAUCCUUCCUUUC